GACUCACGCUUUGGCCAAAGGAAUUAUGGACCCUUUGGGAUUGGACUCUGCAAGGGAAGGGUGUGUUUGUGUACGUACACUUACGACCAGUAUAAAACAGAAUCUUCAGCAAGACUGUAGGACUUCACAUCUGAUACUGAGAGUUGGCCAUGUCUCAACAGGGUGAAGAAGUUAAGAGGCCUGAGGUAAAAGCAGAGGAUUUGGUUGGAGCCAAGGAUAAAUUGGCAUCUGGAACAGAGAUGAAGAGCAAGACCUUUGAAGUGAUGCAGGAAUGCGAACAAGCUGGAAAGGUCGCACCAUCCGUCUUCAGCAAAGUUCGCUCAGGAUCUGAGACUGCCUUUAACAAACCCAGCAAGAGAAAGUAACAGUGGAAAACCAGUUUUACUGAAUUGCACAGCUAAAACAUGGAUUUAUAAAAUAAAUCCAAAGCAUUAACAUUGAAAACUCUAAACAUCGUCAUCAUUCAACACAGCUGAUAACCUGCUCUUUAUAUGUACCUAAAUGUACCUUUUUCUAAAAAGGCUUUAAACCAUUAAAACAGACUAUGGUAAUAUAUUUUUUUGAAAAAUAUCCUAGAAUGCUAAGUUGCAAAAUGUAUUAAAUAAGUAAAUAAAUGAACUUGUUGGUUUAGUUUUAAAUUGAA